AUGUGCAAUUCCUCCUCCGCCGUCCCGGGCAGACAGGUCCUCCCAACCAACGUCAAGCCCCAGCACUACUACCUCUCCCUCGAGCCCCUCUUUGACACCUUCAAGUUCAACGGUGAGGUGACAAUCGACUUGGACGUGAAAGAGGCGUCCGACUUCAUCUCUUUGCACACCCUUGACCUCGAGCUCCUUGACUACCAUGUCGUCACUGCCUCGGGCAAGACUCUCAAGCCAACAGACACCACUUACAACGACGACGACCAAACAACGACGUUCAAGUUUGCCGAGCAAUUCGAGGCCGAUUCCUCCCUCAAGCUAUACAUCAAGUUUAUCGGCGAGUUGAACGAUAAGAUGGCCGGUUUCUACAGAUCCACAUACGAGGAGAACGGCGAAACCAAGUACCUAGCCACCACCCAAAUGGAGCCAACCGAUUGUAGAAGGGCGUUCCCCUCCUUCGAUGAGCCAAACUUGAAGGCCAAAUUCACCAUCGCCUUGACCGGUGAUAAAAAUUUGACCUAUUUGUCCAACAUGGACGUCAGAUUUGAAAAGGACGUCUCGGAAACAAAGAAAACCGUCACCUUCAACACCACGCCUUUGAUGUCCACCUAUUUGGUUGCCUUCAUUGUCGGUGACUUGAAAUACGUCGAGUCGGACUACAAGUUCAGAGACAUCCCUGUUAGAGUUUACACCACCCCAGGCUACGAAGAAAAGGGUAGAUACUCUUGUGAAUUGGCUGCCAAGGCCUUGGAGUACUACGAAAAGGUCUUUGACAUCAAAUACCCUCUUCCAAAGAUGGACAUGGUCGGUAUCCACGACUUCUCUGCCGGUGCAAUGGAGAACUGGGGGUUAAUCACUUACCGUAUGGUGGAUUUGUUGUUUGACGAAUCCAAAUCUACCCUUGACACGAAAUUAAGAGUCUCCGAAGUCGUUGCUCACGAAUUGGCACAUCAAUGGUUCGGUAACAUCUGUACAAUGGAUUUCUGGGACUCCCUAUGGUUGAACGAAAGUUUCGCCACUUACAUGUCCUGGAAAUGCUGUGAUCAUUUCGAAAAAAGCUGGAAGAUCUGGGAGAAUUUUGUUGGUGACUCCUUACAAUCGGCUCUUACCUUGGACGGUUUGAGAUCUUCUCAUCCUAUUGAAGUUCCUGUGAAAAGAGCAGACGAAAUCAACCAGAUCUUUGACGCCAUUUCCUACGAGAAGGGAUCUUCUGUUUUAAGAAUGUUGGCAACCUGGUUAGGUGAAGACCUGUUUAUUAAGGGUGUAUCCAAUUAUUUGAAGAAGCACUCCUACGGAAAUGCGAAAACAGAAGAUCUAUGGGACUCCCUUUCCGAAGUGUCAGGAAAGGACGUUGCUUCAACUAUGGAAGUCUGGACAAAAAAAGUCGGUUAUCCAUUGGUUACAGUGGAAGAAUCUACCGAUAAAGUCAGUGUCAACCAACAUAGAUACUUGACCACAGGUGAUGUCAAGCCUGAAGAUGACCAAACCAUUUAUCCUAUUUUCCUUGGUUUGAGAACAGAUAAGGGCUUAGAUGAGUCAUUGGUUUUGAAUGAAAGAAGUACUGCUUUACCAGUAAAGUCAUCUGAAUUCUUUAAAGUCAACGGGAACUCGAAUGGUGUUUACAGAGUCUGUUACGAGGAUAGCAGAUGGGAAUCAUUAGGAAAAGACGCUUCAAAGCUUACUGUUGAAGACAGGAUCGGUUUGGUUGCUGAUGCGGGUGCCUUAUCUGUGUCCGGAUUCUCAAAGACUUCCAACUUAUUGUCAUUGGUAUCAGGAUGGAAAUCAGAAUCCUCCUUUUUCGUGUGGGACGAAAUCAUCACAAGAGUCUCCGCAUUGAAGGCAGCAUGGAUCUUUGAAGACAAAGAAACUACUGAUGCAUUGAAGGCUUUCACCAGUAGUUUGGUUUCUGAAAAAUCACAUGAAGCUGGGUGGACUUUCAAAGAUGAUGAACCUGUCUUAGAACAAAGAUUAAAGGCUUUACUCUUUUCUGCUGCAAUUGGUUCUGGUGAUGAGAAGGCCAUCAAGUUCGCUAAGGAAUCUUUCAAAGCAUACGUCUCUGGUGAAAAGGAAGCAAUUAACCCAAAUAUAAGAGCAACAAUCUUCAACAUUGUUGCCUCUAAGGGCGGCGAAGAGGAAUAUCAUUCACUUUUGAGCAUUUACACUUCACCACAAUCGAUUGAUGAAAAGAUCGCCGCUUUGAGAUCUUUAGGUAGGUUUGAAAACCCUGCAAUUCUUUCCAAGGUCUUGGCCCACUUGUUAGAUGGAACCGUCAGAACUCAAGAUAUAUAUAUUCCAAUGCAAGGUAUGAGAGCACACAAGGUGGGUAUUGAUGCCUUAUUUAACUGGUUGAAAACCGAAUGGGAUCAACUUUACAAGUUGUUACCUCCAGGUUUGUCAAUGUUGGGUUCAGUCGUCCAAAUUUGUACGUCUGGUUUCACCAGCAUGGAUAAAUAUCAUGAAGUGGAAGCCUUCUUCAAAUCGAAGAACACCAAGGGUUUUGAUCAAGGUUUAGCACAAUCUUUGGAAACCAUCAAGAGUAAAUCUAAUUGGGUUUCUAGAGACGGAAAAGAUGUCAAGUCAUGGUUAAAAUCAAACGGAUAUCUUAAAUGA